CAGUUCAUGGACUAAUAAUAUUAGUCUAAUAACGUUCGAGAAAUGGGCCCCUGGCAUCAUUAUUAAAACAACAAAAUUGUUCUAAAGCGAUCUUCAACAAUAGAGACUGUCCUCUUUUUUUAAAGAUUCUAAGCAGCAUUUCGACCUAAACGCAUACACCGUCUUUCAUUCAUUCUGUAUAGGCACUGAAUAAGAAAAGUUUGACAAAAGGAUGAUAUACUUAUCACCUCUUUGGAUUUACUUUUUUAAACUUCCCAUUUGAUAUCAGAUAUGGCACUGUAGCACCGAUCCUUGAGUACAAUACACGUGAACGUUUGUAAAUUUUUGGAAAUUGGCAAAUAAGCGCUUGUGUUCAGCCUGUAUAUCCGAUGUCACGAUGCGACUGCGAGGGGGUGUUCUACAGGGUGUUCUGCGUCAGUCUGCUGGUCAUCGCCUUCACGUUCACUGUGAUUUUGACAAACGUCUUCGUUGACAUUGACAACUUGCUCAGCAAGAAGGAGAGAGAAUCAACAGAGAACAUAGGAGUAAUAGAUCACGUCACUGAUAAUUAUGAAGCUACCACAGAAAUACCGGACUAUUAUAUUGGAGUGGACACGAACGAUGAGGGGCGCUACAGAAGUAAGAGGUCUUUAGACUCGGAAAAUUUCUUCCUGAGAAUCAAUAGCCCAAAAACGAAAAGCUAUCUAACUAACAAGUUAGCGUCUUUAUUAGAAGCGCUAGAUGAUGACGACUCGGAGAAUACAACGCCAACUCCAGAAAAUGGUAACAUCUACAUCAAAACAGUAAAACAAAAGAACAAUAUAGAAAUUAAUGAACUGCAACCAGAAAAACAAAUGGGAGAAGACAUUAUAUAUUUGGCGUUACAUAAUAUGUUACAAGGAAUCCGAUAUGUCGAUAUGCAUGAAUUAAUUGAAAAAAUUAAGACUCUGGUCAGAAAUUUCAAACGUGGCGACGGUCAGAAAGAGAAUAAACAUGCUGAAACUAUUGGAGAAUUUUACUCAGAAACUACACCAAAAGAAAUAAUCAUUGUUAAUGAGGAACAAAAUCUGGACAAUGAAGUGAAAUAUAAAUUUGGAGAUAAGGGACUUAAGAGAGUAAAUGCCUUUGACUUCAAUAAUGCUGCAGAUGCUGACAACGAAACACGAACUAAAACUACUAGAAAAAAUAAAAAUCCAGCAUAUAUAUUAGUCGAUAUAAAACAGCACGAUAAAAAGGAGGAAAACUCAAAUGAAGAUAUUCAAGGCAUCAUCAAAUUUAUAUACAAUGGGAAACCAAUCAAAAUCAGAAGCGAAGACAGUUCUGAAUCCACAACUCCUGUAAUAACAAUAACAACAUCAACAUCAACAUCAUCAACAACGACAACAACAACAAAGAAAAAUAACAAGAAAACGGUAGAAAACACAAUAAAACAUGAUGUCGAAGAUUUCGCUGAUGUCUUAAAAGAUAAGUUCAAAAAUAGACACAUGCCAGAUACCUACUUAAAAACAAUUACAAUGGAGUAUCUUAAAAAGUUUGAAAAAUCUAACGAUUCUAUGGCAGCGAUUGAGAGGAAAAAAAUACGAAUAAAAAGAAAUCUUGAAUCGUCUUAUGAGAAGCAAACGGAAACACCUCACACAAAGGACGAUGAUGAACUUUUUGUAGAAAUAGAAACGCACUUCGAUAAGACUGGAAUGGAAGGAGAAAAAAAACGAAAGUUAGUGAAGAGUAUUAUCGAAAAAAUACAGAAAGCUAUUCGUUCAAGUCAUGAAAAUAUGCCAGUAGAUAGAAAUCAACGCGAACCAUUAUUAAAAAGAAUCCAAAGUCCACUUGAUCGUGAAACGGUAGCGGGUCUUGCCGUCCAACAUAUCUCAAGUGUAUAUAGGACUUUGGAUCCUAUUAGCAAAUCUAUGCCAAUAGUGGACCCCUUACCACUUGUAGCUAAUCAAAACGGUGAAACAUGGAAAAAACAAGAUUCUAAACCAAAAUUCCUCAGUUCUUCAAAAUCUAUAAAUUCGGCGGAAUUAAAUCAACUAUCAGUUGAUUAUACAAAAGAUAUCAGAUACCCUGCAAUACCUAAAAGAGUCCAACUUCCUUUAUCGAUAGAUUCGAGUCAAGAAAAUACAAAUGCAGAGGACCUUGGUAAAUUACAGCUUCUUUUUAAAGACAUAGAAGGCACCGGGUUCUCUAUUGGCUAUAAUCAGUAUAUAGAUCAGGCACCAGAUCCAGAAAGUAUUAAAUUAUUCCACGGCAUUGAAGAUAUAGUGAGAAAGUAUCACCAGAAGAAUGAUAACCCUGACCAACUUGGAGACCACGUAGGUGAGUACGAAAUGUAUGGACAGGAAUUGAAAAAACGUGAAGUCAACAAUGAUGAGACACCUCUGCGAACAAAAAGAUUUGUCAUGAACAGACAAAAUUUUAGACAGGCUGUUAAAAGAGUAAAUCACCAUCGUAAAAAUGAAUACAAUUACAUUUACAACAACCAUUACCGCUCUUUAAAUACCUAUAAAGAGGUACAUGAUAUUUAUAAAAGAAGUACAGAAUUUCGAAGAAAUAAUUUACAAGGCAUUAUUUUGAAAAGAAAUGGAAAAUCAUCAUUAAUGAAUCCGCAAAGAAAGAAGCGCUCUGUAACUCUCAAGACAAUUAUGAAUUCCAAUAAGAAAAUGAGGGUCAAUAAAUAUUUAAAUACUAAAACUUUUCCACGACAGACACGAUACUUCAGAAAGAACAAACGCAGUAAACGACAGGUAGACAAUAGCAAAGCUAUUGAUAAAACUGGGUUAGUAAGUGAAAAUAAUAACAUGUUGAUAGUUUCUGAUGGGGACAUCUAUAAUGAUAACAUUGCAAUUAAGCAAAGUCAAAAACCAGAUUUAUUUUUUAUUGAAUUAAUGAAAUCGAAUAACGAAGAUACUCUUCUUAAAAAUAAACCUCUUUUUCAACCAAGCAACCAACCAUUCAGCUCACGUAUUUCAGAAAUAAAAAAACAGGAUCCGUAUAAUACAAAUCCUGUGCUUUUCAAAACCACGUCAAAUUAUUUUAUAGAGAAACAAGAAAACAAAGAAAGAAAUAAAAGACAGCUUCAUACAUUAAGAAUAAUUGACAGAGAUAUGGGUCAAAAAAACUCUGAUAUAUAUUCAAAUCAAGCAAUAAUAGCUGAACUAGAUGCACCACAAAUAAUAAACCGCGAGAAUGAAGAAAGGGGCACCGAAUAUCAGUUUAGCACGUUGAAUAAUAUAGCAAAUAUGUACAAAAAUCCAUUCAAUUUUGAACGUAUUAUAUUCUCAAAUAAAAAUCCCACAUGGGAACGAAUGAUAGAAAAUCCGCUCAUGGCAAAAUACCCUCAUAUUUUUAAAGACACUGAGACCAGAGAAGAUCGCUCACACUUAAAACAUGUUCAAAGAAGUAAAGAAUCUGAUACUCUUUUUAAUAAUGAAGAUAUUUAUCAGUCUUCCAAUGUGCAAGACUUAUUAAAAGCUGUCGUGCCACCUCAUAGGAAUAACUACAAAGUUAGCAUUAGACUAAUACCUCGCGAGAAUGACAAUUAUACUAAACCUGGAUUUAAAGAAAUUCACACUAGCAUUAAUAAGUCUUAUAACAAAAGUGGUUUACUGUAUUCAUCACAAGUUAACGUUACCGAAAUAUCUAAAGUGGAAAUACCUGAUGAUAAUAUAAAUAGAACCCAUAUCUGCAGUCAUCAUUUGAAUUCAAUAAUACCAAACAUUAACGAAACUACGAAACCCUUAGAAAUGGAAAGUGGUCUGAGAAAUAAUGUCCUGGUUGAUAGACAGGGUAACAAUGACGAAAUAAACAAAGGUGUAAUAAGUAAUAAAUCUAGUGAAAUUACAACAAAAACUAACAUGGAACUGAAUUUAUUGGACAUUAUUAUACCGUCAAGUCCACGUAAAAUAUUUCAUUUAAGUGUUGCUGAUUUAGGUAAACUACUUUGCAAAACGAUAAAUUCACAAGAUUCAGAGAAGUCAUCAGCAACACAGGCAGAAAAUCAUACAGGAAAGACGACAACUAUGUCAACUACAACAAUAGAGCCGACAACAAGAGUGACGACUAUUAAAGCAGAAAAACUUUCUACUUACGCCACAACGACUGUGGAUCCUUUGAAGAUGAAACUGCUCAAAGCAAUGUCCCAGAAUCAACAAUUGACAAGUCACAUAUUGGAUCGCAUAGACCAAAAUACUGAUAUUUUACAAGCAUACCUAUCAAAAAUUUCAAGUGAAUUAGCAAAGCUACCUGAAAUUUACACCACAACUACGACUACGACAACUACGACUGAAAAAAAUCCUGUGGCACAAAAAUCAAAUAAAAAACCAGCAGCAACACGUCAUCAAAAUGUAAUACAUUCGUCACCUUUACUAAAAAAGCGUAUAAUGAUUGACACAAUGGCGAAUUUACCCAUAAGUCAAACCAGUAAUAGUAAUGAUCCAAGACAAAAGGGACAAGCAAAAUAUUUUAUGGAUACUAUUUUUUUAAAUAAGACAACUGUACCGCAGACAAUACCGGGUACCGAGUCGCAUAAGACAGUGGUUACAAAUCUAGAUGAAGACGAAACAAGUAAGCUAAAUGCAGAUCUCAUUUCGAAUAUCAAUUCAGACCCGUCGCAGGCGUACGAUGACAACCACUUAUUGAAUAAUAUUAAUAACAAUGCAAUUGUACAAAAUAACUCCACUCACUACUAACAAAUGUGACGCGUUCUUCGUACUUUGUAUAUAAUUUGUAGUUUACAUGUUUUAUACUAACUUUUUAAUAAAUAAUUAAUAACAUA